GCGCAUGACGCUAGAGCGCUCUCAACGGUUGCACUCAUUUAUUUAAUUUAAUUGACGCCUAUUGCUGUUCUGCUAUUCGCUGUGCUAAGGCCAAAUAUUUGAUUAAACAACAAAAUAAACCACUAAUGCCAGUUGUUAUGUAAAUUCCCAAACAAAUUAAUAAUGAACAACUGCUCUCAACUGCUAUUAAAGCUUUGCAAGUAGCCGCUUUUUGCAGUCGCGCAGUGAAUAUAAAGAGUUGAACACGAGCGAAAGUUUUCAAAGGGGCAAGGAAUUGACUGCAGAUUAAACGGAAUCAAGCGUAAUAGACGUACUGAAAACACAGAAGUUAAGGCUAAAUCUGCUCAUGUCGUAGUUUUCUUGUUGUGAUGAGGCAGAGUUACUGAAGAAGAAGAAGCAGCAGCAGCAGCAGCACCACAGCAACCACCACCACAACAAUCAUCGUAACAAGCAGCAGAGAACAAAGACAAAGUAAAUGUCGCAACGGCGAAUCAUUUAAAUAUUGAAGCAAUUGAAGAGGCAACGUCGAUGGUAGCAAUUAACAGCAGCGACAUCGACAUCCAAAGCGACAGCGACAACUGCACCAAUAUCAACAACAACAGCAACAAUUGGCCUGGCUACAGUGGCUGCAACAAAAUUAGACGGUAGUUGAGGCAGCACAGAAUAUCGCCAAGUGAAACACACAACAAUAACAAUAGCAAUAAUAACAACAGCAACAACAGCAGCAGCAGCAACAUUGAUGUACAAACAUUUACCAAUACAAAAGAACUCAAUCAACUCAAUUUAAAUUCAUCGUCAGCGACAUCGUCGCAAUCGUCGUCGACCUCCCUGGAGGCUGCGUCAGCUGCAACAACAUCAACAACAGCAGCGCAGUCAUCGUCAUCAUCAUCAGCAACAUCGCCGCCUGUAACUGAGAUAAUAGCGCGAAAGCAACUGCAGCUGAUUAUGUCGCCUGCGCCGUGUUCAUCGUCUGCCGCCACCCCCAACACCAACCCCAACACCAAUCCCAACACCAUCCCCAAUUCGACGAGAAUCACAGUCAACGUCAGCAGCCCAGCAGCUGUUCAUUUGCGAAAAUCACAGUCGACGCCGACGCUCAAAUUCGAUGGCAGCAGCAACAUUAUUGACCCCAACAGCAACAUCGACAAAAAUGUGGUGAAUAAGAGUCAUGUGGAGACCGCCAUGGAGGCUAGCAACAUUGUCAUCAAGGAUGUUGCUGUCGUCGCCCACAUCAAGCGACAGCAGCAUCAGCAACAGCAACAUGAGCAGCAUCAGCAACAGCAAAAUGAGCAGCAGCAGCAACACGAGCAAUUUUCACUCAUCGAAAGCAGCAUAUUAGAUAGCAACAUUGAUGCAACCAAGCCAACUACGCCGGAUUCAUUGCGAUUUGGUUGCACGCACUACAAGCGCCGCGCUAUGUUUGUGACUCCCUGUUGCAACAAGUUUUACAAGUGCCGCUUCUGCCACGAUGAGAACGAGUCGCAUCAUUUCGAUCGGAAGACACUCACGGAACUUAUCUGCUCUGAGUGCAACACGCGGCAAAAGGUACAGGAGCAGUGCGAAGAGUGCGGCGUACGCUUCGGCAAGUACACAUGCCUGAUUUGCAACCUGUUCGACGAUGCGGAUAAACAGCAAUAUCAUUGUCAUGGCUGUGGCAUCUGCCGCAUUGGCGGUGCCCAUAACUUCUUCCACUGCGAAGUGUGCAACAUGUGUCUGCCGAUGCAGCUUAAGAUCGAUGGGCAUCGGUGUGUGGAGAAUAUCUCUCGUUCGCAUUGCCCCGUCUGUCUGGGCGAUAUACACACCUCGCGCAUUCCUUGCCACAUUCCAGACUGUGGCCAUCUGUUGCACAAGAUGUGCUUCGAUCAACUACUGGCCUCGGGUCACUACACCUGCCCCACCUGCCAAACAUCGCUGAUCGACAUGACGGCGCUCUGGGAUUACCUGGAUGCCCAGGCCCUGCGCAUGCCCGUUCCACUCAAGUACGAGAAUCAGCGUGUGCACAUUUUCUGCAACGAUUGUCACAAGACUUCAAAAACCAAAUUUCAUUUCAUCGGGCUCAAGUGCGUGCAAUGCGGCGCCUAUAACACCACACAGGAUGUAAAGCGUCGCUUAUCCCUGGUCACCGAUGAGCCAUCGACGGCCUGACCCUCGCUCACCCUGCACCCGGCCACUUGGUUUUUUGGGUCGGCGUUGCUCUAAUUAGCAAAAGUAAACGCAACAGGAAAUCUCUUGCCAUGCUCACAUAUUUGAAGAAACUAAAUUUAUGAAUCUGAAAUGGAAACGCGUUGAAUUUAGACCAAAUUCGAGCUGGUAUCGAAUACAUAUAAAAAAAAAACACAAACAUUUACAAUAACGUAAACUUAAUUUUAGUAUUCUUCCUAUAGAUAAAUAAAUAUGCAACAAAUUUACAUUAUUAGCAAUCCGAAAAAAAAAGGAAACAAAAUGAAAACUAUAUUUCUCCUCGAAUUGUUUAUUAUAUUUGAUUGUAUUAAUCAUAGCUCAUUAACAUAUCUCGAAUCUGUAUGUUCAAAUUACAUUUCUCUAUCACUCUCAAGCUCAGCAUUUUGUAAUAAAGUUUAGAAAGCAA